AUGGAUGCGAGAGGGACACUUGGAUUCACCGGUAUUCAAAAGUGUACUUCAGAUCUACGAGUCCUUGCGUACGGAAACAUGACAGACAUCAACGGAGAAUAUCUAAAAAUGGCCGAGAAAACAACACGAGAUACUUUGGAGCAUUUUUUUUGUCAAGGUAUUAUAUAUUUGUACGGUCCGCGUUAUCUGAGAAAGUCCACAUGGUACGACCUUCAACAAAUUUACGAGGUCCGUUCUAAUCUCCAUGGUUUACCGGGCAUGAUCGGGAGCUUGGAUUGUCGUCAUUGGCAGUGGUAUAAUUGUCCGACUGCAUGGCGAUGUCAACACACACGAGGUGACCAAGACGGACCAACUGUUAUUCUUCAAGCGGUUACCUCACAGGACCUUUGGUUUUUGUCAGCUUACUUUGGUGUGGCAGGGUCAUGCAAUGAUAUAAACGUUUUCGAGCAAUCUCCAUUGGUAGGGGACUAUAUUUCUCAUAGAGAUGCGAAAGCUUCUUUUUAUGCAAACGGAAAUUAUUACCCUCACGGAUACUAUUUAUGCGAUGGAACUUAG